AUGGGCGUCGCUGUCUCUGAGCUGAUCGUCCCGUUGACGGGCGCCCUUCAGGCCGCCCUCUCGGUCCUUUUGACCAUUGCCUUGGGUGUGGCGGCAGCACAGUGCAAUCUGCUCUCGCCCAAUGCAGCCAAGGAGGUUUCACGAGUCCCCAUUGUCGUCUGGUCCGUCUUGUACACGCUCCUCUCCAUCUUCUCCGGCCGCCUCUUCGGCCGCCUCUUCGCAGCGCCCGCCUGGGUAGCGCCCGCCAUGGUAUUCAACAACACGACUUCCCUUCCGCUGCUGCUCAUCCAAUCGCUCAAGCAGACGCAGGUCCUCGAUGCUAUCCUCAUUGCGGGAGAGUCGGGAAGCAAAGCCAUGGAUCGGGCUGAGUCGUACUUUUUGGUGAAUGCCAUGGUCAGCAAUUCGCUUACUUUUGCGCUUGGGCCCACGUUACUGCGCCCACGAGACCAAGAUGCGCCCCAGAGCCGUGACGAAUACCAACAACAUGGACACGCACACGCAGAGGCUGGCGCCGGUGCUGAUGCUGAUGCUGAUGCCGAUGCCGACAGCGGCGACAUGGAGCGCGGUCCAGAGGGCAUUGUAAACGAACACACUUCGCUCCUCCCCCACGCCCUGGUCCACCACACAAACCGCACAGAGAGAAGCGCAUAUCUCAAGACACUCAACUGGUUCAUUGUCUGGCCGCUAAUCAGCAUUCCUUUGAUAUGGGCCAUUGCCUCCAAAACCAAAAUACUAGACGCCGAUCCCAUGCUGUGGUUCUCGAUGAUGUUGAUGCCCACCGGACCACCAGCCAUGAUUCUGGUGGCACUGUCUGACGUGACUGGCGCUACAGAGACCAUGAAAAUGACUGUUGCCAUAUUCUUGACGAUCAGUUACGCACUUACACCAAUCAUAUGCUUUUCAGUCGUUGGAGCCUUGAAGGCCACCGAAGCUUCAAUAAAGGUAUAGAUGCUCGCACAGAGAGCACCCGUGACCGCGUGCAAAGGGUAGGCAUCCCUCGGUGAGUGCAACAAGAUUAAUCAAGUAGAUACUCCAGAUAGCUGCAUGUAAUAAAACAGUCUUCUAC